GGCUGUGAAGCAUACAAAUCUCAUCUGGAAAAAGUAUAUAAAACAAGAGCAAAACGACAAAUCAACAAACUUCCUAUAUCACAAUUCAAUGGAAAUCUGGAACAGGACUUCCCCCCCCUGAGGACCAUAGGACAUGAACGAGCAAUAAAUCAAAAUCAAAACCUAUACAAACGCUAUGAAUGGAACAACAACAAGGAUCUCAACUCUAAGCAACAACCAACGAGAAAAAUUGAUGAAGAUUCUUCUACAACUGCCAUCCAAGACAUAUUUGACGUCUUCAAGGAUAUCAACAAAUUAUGCGACUUAGUUGUCCCUCGUACUCUGAACUUCUAAGCAAUGGCUCGUACUAAACAAACCGCGCGUAAAUCCACCGGUGGUAAAGCACCAAGGAAGCAACUCGCCACCAAGGCCGCUCGUAAGAGUGCGCCUGCAACCGGUGGAGUGAAGAAGCCCCAUCGCUACAGGCCCGGAACCGUCGCUCUCCGUGAGAUCCGUCGUUACCAGAAGAGCACCGAGCUCCUCAUCCGCAAACUGCCCUUCCAACGUUUAGUCCGUGAAAUCGCUCAGGACUUCAAGACCGACCUGCGCUUCCAGAGCUCCGCCGUGAUGGCCCUCCAGGAGGCCAGCGAGGCCUACCUCGUCGGUCUCUUUGAAGACACCAACUUGUGCGCCAUCCACGCCAAGAGAGUCACCAUCAUGCCAAAGGACAUCCAGUUGGCCCGUCGCAUCCGAGGAGAACGCGCUUAAUUCUUUCCAUCACCCAAAA